GGUAGACACCUCUGUAGUUAAUUAUUAGUACUAUCAGUCGCGGUAUAGCGAAGUAAAGCGCGACGACUGAGCUCGCAGGAAAAACAUCGAAGAUUUUUCGGUCGAGGCGAUGCUCGAAGGUAGUUACAGCAACAUGUCGAAAAAGCCAGGCACUACCCCAGCAAUGCAUAAAGUUAUAAUGGUUGGGAGUGGAGGUGUUGGAAAGUCUGCCCUCACGUUACAAUUUAUGUAUGAUGAGUUUGUAGAGGACUAUGAACCUACAAAAGCAGAUUCCUAUAGAAAAAAAGUUGUAUUAGACGGAGAAGAAGUACAAAUAGAUAUUUUAGAUACUGCAGGUCAGGAAGAUUAUGCAGCGAUUCGUGAUAAUUAUUUUCGAAGCGGAGAAGGAUUUCUUUGUGUUUUUUCUAUAACGGAGGAUGAUAGUUUUCAAGCUACUCAGGAAUUUAGAGAACAGAUUCUCAGGGUAAAAAACGAUGAGAACAUUCCAUUCCUAUUAGUGGGAAAUAAAAGUGAUUUACAAGAAAAGAGAAAAGUCAGUUUAGCCGAAGCUCAAGCCAGGUCACAACAAUGGGGCGUACCUUACGUAGAAACAAGUGCAAAGACAAAGGAAAAUGUUGACAAGGUAUUCUUUGACUUAAUGUGCGCAAUAGCUGCGCGCAAAGCACAGGAAAAUCAAGGGGACGGGAACGAACGUAAGAAGAAAAGAAAUUGCUGCAUUUUGCUCUAACAAACAAAACAAUGCGUAUAGCUUCUAUAACGGAACGUUCGGCUCCUAAUUGCAAAAACCUGAGUAAGAGAAAAGUGUAUUUAUAUACGUAUAUACAUAUAUGUUAUAUAUACAUAAAAAGUUUUCUAACACUUUACAGUGAAAUGACACUAAGUAAAUUAUAAAUAUUUACGUUGAGAAAACAUACAGUUUACAAAUCGUUCAAUAAUUAUUCCGUUAAGAAUUCCAAAAUUUCUAACCCCCCCCCCCCCCCCCCCCCCCUUUUUCAUACAAUUGCUAAUUGAUUCGGUCGAACUGCACCAAGUACAUACAAUCAUAACUCACGUCUAUUACCAAUGAUUCGCGUCAUACUUUUUACUGUAAUAUAGAAUCUAUAAAAAUUGUAAUAGAGCACAAAAGUACCUUAUACAUUAAUGAAAUUAUUUUUUAAUUUUCCACUUAUUCUCAGAGUGCUGAAAUAUAUACAUUUAAGCUAACGUUUGAUAAAAGUGAAGAUUUGAUUUGUCGAAGGAUAAAAAAAAAAAAUAUACAAUAUAUAUAUAUACAUUAUGCACAAUGUUCCAUGGUCACUGAAGACGAUCGAUUAGAUGCUUACAAAUCUUUACUAUGUAACUGACUCUAUUUGCAAAUAAAAUUAUUGUAUCUUCAUUGACAUAUCUUGUACAUUUAUUUGUAUCCUCGAAUGAUUUCAGCACUCUCGCUUCAAUUCCGCAUUCGCUAAUAAAGGUUCUAACGAUUUUUCCUUUCGGAUUAUUUAUUUCUUAACGUGACAGUCACGACACUGUAAAGUAAUGAAGACGUGUGGUAAUUCACAAUUUUGCUUAUUCUUUGUGGUAUUAUGCAAUUCUAGUUCGUUAAAUGCAAUUAUUGUACAAGUGUAAGAGACUUUGAUAAUUUUACAUUAAGAUGGCUUUAUGUUGCGGGCGUGCGAUUAGUAAUUGCUUAGACGUUUAUCAUCUGUGAUUUUAAAACGUGAUUCGAAAAAAAACAAAGAUGAAAGUUUUUUAACUUUUCUGUUGCAUCAGCGGUAAACGUAUAAAAAAUACAGACUUUACAAUCACAUAACGUGUAACAAUAAUGAUAAUAGAAAUUUAAGUAUUUUAGAAUCUUGCAUAUUUUGCAUUAACUGUUUUACUAAAUUCCUACUUGAUCUUCGAUUUAAACAGCUUGUUCAGAAGCAAACGAGAGAUGAUUAUAAAAAGAAAAUUUUAUCAUUUUCGGAUUAGUUGUCGAAAUAAUUGAGUUUGAAAAUUCAAUCUAUGUCUACGCAAUUAUGGCUAAAAUAUGUGAAAACUAACCCGAAAAUGAAGAAAAAUUUGUCUUUUUUUUUUUUCUUUAU